AUGGCGGACCCUCUUUCCAUCUCAGCGAGCAUCGCUGGGUUAGUUGCUCUUGCCGAUCUCGUCUUUCGAUCAGGCACCAAAUACGUCAAGGGCUACAGAGGCACCCCAACAGAGGUUGGAAACCUCAUGCGCGAAGUCAGAAGUCUCUCUGUCAUCUUGCACAACCUUUCUCUUGUCGCUUUUGACCUGGAAGAAACCGAACGACCCGAAACAACUGCUGCUGUUCACGAGCCGCCGCCUGCUCUUCAACCGCAUUAUCUCCAUGAUUGCCACCAGCUGCUGAGACGCUUGGAGACAGGUCUUUCGCGUAUAGAGGCUUCCCUAGACUCGGGUUCUGGGCGCCAAAGACUGCAAGCUCGACUGAAAUGGCCAUUCACUUCAACCGAGUCCAAGGACAUGAUCCAGGAUAUACAACGCUACAACCAGAUCAUCCACACAGCUCUUGCCGCCGACUCUCUAGCCAAGCUCAAACAUUGCUUAUCCCGACAAAUCGAAAUGAAGGAUGGCCUUGAAAAGAUCAAUCGCACCGCUGAAAAGAUCUUGGAUAUACAAGUCAAGAUUGCCCUCGAUACCAAAAGGAAUCAAGUUCUCGAAGAUUUUGGCCAAUUCAAUCCUCGGGGUGAAUACGAGACGAACAAUAGACUACGGCAUGACCUUACCGGCCUCUGGCUCACGCAAGGUCCAGAGUUUGACUGCUGGUACUCGACUCCAGCUUCAAGGCUCUGGUGUAGUGGUAUACCUGGUGCUGGGAAGUCUGUCCUUUUCUGCAGCCGUGAUUAA